GUUUAAUAUUAUUCUAUGAAUCAUUGAUUCAGAAUUCGGAAACCGCUAGGCCCGUCCUCGUCUGUCCUUCAUCAAAUGUCACUUUUGAACUCCAUCUUGUGAGGAGUAAACGUGUCCAGUGAGCUUUGUUGUAAACCUUCAAUUUCAAUUCCAAUAACAUGUCGAAGAUUGGUAUCAACGGAUUUGGUCGCAUUGGCCGUCUGGUGCUCCGUGCUUCAGUCGAGAAAGGAGCCCAAGUGGUUGCCAUCAAUGACCCCUUCAUUGGUUUGGACUACAUGGUCUACCUGUUCAAGUAUGACUCCACCCACGGUCGCUUCAAGGGAACUGUUGAAGCUGCUGAUGGCAACCUUAUUGUAAAUGGAAACAAGAUCGCUGUCUUUUCCGAGAGGGACCCCAAAGCCAUCCCUUGGGGCAAGGCCGGUGCUGAAUAUGUUGUAGAGUCCACUGGGGUAUUUACAACCAUAGAUAAGGCAUCUGCUCACUUGGAAGGUGGAGCAAAGAAAGUUAUCAUCUCUGCCCCCAGUGCUGAUGCUCCCAUGUUCGUUGUUGGUGUCAACCUUGAGGCUUAUGACCCCUCUUACAAGGUCAUCUCAAAUGCUUCCUGCACCACCAACUGCCUCGCCCCUCUUGCCAAGGUGAUCCAUGAUAACUUUGAAAUCAUUGAGGGUUUGAUGACCACUGUCCAUGCGACGACCGCGACCCAGAAGACCGUUGACGGUCCCUCCGGCAAGCUGUGGCGUGACGGCCGUGGUGCCCAGCAGAACAUCAUUCCUGCCUCCACUGGUGCGGCCAAGGCCGUCGGCAAAGUCAUUCCUGCUCUUAAUGGAAAGCUGACUGGUAUGGCAUUCCGUGUUCCCGUCGCCAACGUGUCCGUCGUUGAUCUGACUGUCCGCCUCGGCAAGCCCGCAAGCUAUGAUGCCAUCAAACAGAAAGUCAAGGAGGCAGCUGAAGGUCCCCUGAAGGGCGUUCUUGAAUACACCGAAGACCAAGUGGUAUCAUCUGAUUUCAUUGGUGACAACCACUCUUCCAUCUUCGAUGCCGCUGCUGGUAUCUCCUUGAACGACAAUUUCGUCAAGCUUAUCAGCUGGUAUGACAACGAGUAUGGCUACUCCAGCAGAGUCAUUGACCUCAUCAAGUACAUCCAAACCAAGGAUUAAAUAUCUUAGAGAUUUUAUAUGAAUGAUUAUGAUUUAUCGAGAUUGUCGAUGCUUAAUGUUAAGUUUUAAGUAUAGAUGUGUUUAUUCUAAAUUAUUAAACUACUUUGACAGUAGUAUCAUAAAUAUAUGUAUUGAUUUCAUCUUUAUCGUUACAAAAGAGAAUUAUUGUAAUAGUAAUCUGUCAGAGGCAAAUAUAUCGUGUAAGUGUUAAAAUAAAAUACAUAUGCACACCUCA